UGCAAAUUGGUGAAUUCAGAGAUCGAUUUUCGCCGUUUGUUUUCAGGCGGGUUUCGUUACAUCAGCUCGAACCAAAACAACAUGCAUAUAAAGCUUAUGACACAGAGGCAGACUUUCUGUUUUUAAAUGUACAAUUAUUUUGAUUGCUGGUUGUUCUGUAGAAUAACAUUCAGUAGAUACGAAAGGUUUUUAAAAUACUGCGGUAGUGUCCGUAUUUACUUUCUUUUUUUGAUCUGAAGAAUGGACCGACCAUCCAGAGAUAAAAAAGCUGUCAACUACGCAGUCUUCCAAGACGAUGAUGAUGAAGAUUUUGCAUGUGUGAAGCCUCCUCCCAAAAAAGCUCGAACAGCCAUCAAAGACCCCGAUUCUUUGAGAGACCACAAAACUACAAGUGCAUCUCCAAAUGAAGUCGUUGAUCUCACCAGCUCAGGAAGCAGGAAGAGGACGUCUGUGGAUGAUAAACUUUAUGAAAGAGAUUUAGAAGCGGCUCUGUUGUUAUCAUUGCUGGACUCUUCAAGAACACCGGAUGGAGAGCCUACAAUCAAAACAGAUGAUGGUGAAAGAUCUCAUUGUUCGCCACCCGUUCUAAUACACUGUAGUGCUGAGGGCAGCCAUUCAGUUGGUGAAGGUCAGCCCGCUCCAGAUUCUCCUCCAGUGCUGUCAAAUUGUAGCAUUGAUGGCAGAAGUUUAGGUAAUGCAGGGCUGAAUCUGAUCAGUUUAGACCCCUCCCCUACCAGUGUUUCUAAACAGAAGGAAACCUCAAAGGAGCAGAGAAAACCACUGCAGGAGAAGAAGGACAACAGAGACGAUGAGGACUACCAGCCUCAGAACACCCCAGAUUCAGAGAGCGAUGCAGACUUCACUGAAGAAGAUGAGAGCGAAGACGAGACAUUCACUGUGAAAAAGAAAAAGAAGGUGGUGAAACAAAAGACAGAAAAAAAGGCACCUCCGGCUGCGAAGAACAAGACAGAAAAAAAAGACAAAAAGCCAACAAAAGCCUCAAAAGCUAAAAGCUCAGCUCCCAGCCCAGUGAUCUGUCGGAGUCCAGCUGCUCCUGUGUCUGGACUGAAGAAGACGCCCACUACUCCACCUGUCUCUAAACCUGCAGUCUGCUCCAGUCCUGCAGGGGCCAGACUGCCUAAGUGGAAUCCCCCAGGUCAGGUUGGUCGGAGUCCGGGUGCGUCCCAGAAUGCACAUUUGAAGUCUCCCGGACAGGGGCUGCGUUUAGGACUUUCCCGUCUGGCUCGAGUCAAACCCCUUCAUCCUAAUGCUGCUGCAAACUAAACAAGCUUGUUUUAAAGAAACAAAGUAAUCGAAAGCUUCACAGCGGCUUUUGGUAACUCGUAAUGCAUGGGGCAUCUCUUGGUUUUCAGAAUGGAUAUUUUUUUACAGAAAUUUGUCAAGAAUAUAAAACCUUUCAUCCCUCGCUUAAAGUAAUAUGUAGGGAAGAAAUAUCUUUUUUGUUUUGCUUUAAAUAUUUUUAAUGUCUUUUUAAUGGUGUGUUUUAGCUUUGUAAAUAUGCACUUUUUGAUAAAUAAAGAUUGUGUAAUGUG